UUUUUUACUGUGCGUCUUACGUUUUUUUACGCAGAUUUCGUAUUAAACUACGUCUCGUAAUCAUACGGUUUUGAUGUAAAUAUUGUCUCGUGCAAUCGUAAUCAUGAAUCGUGGUGGAUCAUCGAAAGUCGUGGAACAUAACCUCUCUCCAAUUCAUCAGAGUGACCAGGAUCGCGAUUUUCUACAACGCGAACCAACACUUUAUACUGUCAAGGGUAUGGCCAUCCUUGACAAUGAUGGUAACAGGAUAUUAGCCAAAUAUUAUGACAAGAAUAUAUUUCCCACACCAAAGGAGCAAAAAGCAUUUGAAAAAAAUCUCUUUAACAAAACACACAGAGCUAAUGCAGAGAUCAUCAUGUUGGAUGGUUUGACUUGUGUUUAUAGGAGUAACGUGGAUUUAUUCUUUUAUGUUAUGGGUAGUUCUCAUGAGAACGAGCUUAUCUUAAUGAGUGUUCUAAAUUGUUUAUAUGAUUCAGUUAGUCAAAUUUUAAGAAAGAAUGUUGAGAAAAGGGCUGUUUUGGAUAGCUUAGACAUAGUAAUGUUAGCAAUGGAUGAGAUCUGUGAUGGAGGAAUUAUUUUGGAUGCUGAUGCCUCCAGUGUUGUUCAAAGGGUAGCAUUACGAAUAGAUGACAUUCCUUUGGGGGAACAAACAGUUGCACAGGUUCUGCAGUCUGCAAAGGAUCAGCUAAAGUGGUCUUUAUUAAAAUAACUUCUAUACACAAAAACUGUAUUUCGUAUAUGUGUAAAAAAAAAUGGAUCUAUUAAAAUACAAAAAAUAAAGCUAUUAAAUUUUAUACUA